AUGUUGCAAAUGGCCUUUCGUUUGCUGGUUUGUCCAAUUGUCAUUUAUGUUUGCGUAGCUGAAACCCCCAGUCGUGGUCAUCACCAGGGUCAGCUGCAGGCUGAGGUAUCUGAAGAUGGUAGAAUCAUGAUGCAAAAAACUGAGGAACCAGAAACUCAAGAGACAGAACCCCAACGUCGUGAGGAGCCACAAACUCAUCAAGAGACGGAGCUCCAGGGUCAUGAGGAACCACUUGCUCAUGAAGAGGCGGAAUUUCAAGAUCAUGAGGAGCCGCAAAAGGACGAAUCUCCCGAGGCUCAUGAAGCCCAACUCCUGGAGGAGGAGCAUGGCGAGGCGGCCUCGGAGCUUGCGGACGGCGAGGUGGAGAUCUUCUCCAAGUGGGGCCGGCGGCGACGCCGCCGGCGAAGUCGAAGGAGAGCCAUUCCUUGUGUCUGGCAUGGUUGGGGUGGCUGGACGUCGUGCAACAAGCCGUGUGGCACGGGACAACAAAGCCGCACACGUGGGGUGAGAGUCCACGCUCAACACGGAGGAAGAGGAUGCACUGGCUCCGGCAAGGAGACCAGGAACUGCAAUACACAUCAUUGUCCAGUCAAUUGUGUUUGGAAACCUUUUGGAGCCUGGGGAAAGUGCUCCAAAACGUGCGCUGGUGGAGUGCAGAAACGAACGAGGGGCGUGGCGAGGGCUGCCGCCCAUGGCGGGAAAAAGUGCACUGGUGCGGCCGAGGAGUCGAAGAAGUGCAACGAGCAACCCUGUCCCGUGGAUUGUAAAUACGCCGAGUGGGGCGAGUGGGCCGACUGCAGUGUGACCUGUGGCAACGGCACAAGGAAGCACGCGCGGGAGGUUGAGACCGAAGCACAGCAUGGAGCUGUGAUGCCUGCCUGGUUGGGUGACUUGCUCCGUCUUUUGUCGGUGGGUGGCUCUACUCAGUGGUUUGGUUUGGUGUGCCCUGUUCACUGCACGGUCUCCUUGCCCUACUUGCUGUCUAUGUUCUGUGCUGGGGUGUGCCUUGGGAUUUUGGGCACCGUCUUCUCUGCUGAAUUCUCCUGUGGCCUUGGCCUUGUGGCCAUUCCCCCAGCAUCCCUGCCUCCACCUCCCUCCGGAUCAGUCCUGACGGUCAUUGUCACUCUUCGAUUUCUUGCUGACGGCCUCGAAGCCGUCAAGACAUUGGAUCGCGGCCCUUUGUUUCUGUAUGUGCUGCUUCUCCCAGAGUUCGAGGUAGAAGGCGCUGUUCCCGAUGCCUUGGUGUCCUCCGAUCUCCUUCUGGCUGUGGACGAGCUUUUGGGUCCUUGCGCUCAGGUUUCAGUGGGAUUGGCAGCAGAAGGCGAAGACGGGCAAGAAGUUCCCUUAGAUCUCGCGACUUUGGAGCCCCCUUGGGCAGGGAAAGCUUCCCCUGCCACGAAGGCCAAGGCAAAAGCUCCUUCUCGGAAUGUUGCAGCUCAACGUCCUGCGCAUCGGCGCGAUUUCGAGCAGCUUCCAAUUUCUCCUCAAGCGCUCAGCAAGACCCAGUUUAUGUCCACGAUUGGAGGAGCUCCAAAGACCAAGCAAGCUCCUCCUGCAGUGCCAGGUCUUUUCCCGGAGGACGAGCCAGCGGUGCCUUUGGAGGAGAUGGAGAUGGACAGGCCGGACUUGGAUCCCAUUUCACAUUCUCUGCCUGUGCAACAAAAGGAUCUUCCAUCUUUCCAGGGCAAAGCGGUGGUCACCUGGAGCGUCAAGGAGGGUUUGGAGGAGGAUCCGCCGGCUGGAGUGUUCGCGGCGAAGCCUCCGGCCACCAACCCUCGGUUGAGGGCCUUUGCUCCCCUGUGUCCUCCAGAGUGGGCAACGACGGCCUUAGCCUAUCUGAAGGAGGCAGAUGUGAUUCAGUCUCGCCGCCAAGAAGCUAUCCCCAACCGGAAGCCAGUUGGAAAUCUUUCCGAGAAAGCCGAGGCUGCGCCCAAGCGGAAGAAUCAGAGAUACCCCAAGAAGCGGACGAAAGAUGAUCCAUGGAGGUGA